AUGUCUGCCGAUCCAGAGAAGCUCGAGGAUGGACCCUCUUCAGACUGCGGACGCAUAUUGCAGACCCAGGCCAUCAGCAUGAUCGAUCAGAUAACCGUCAACGUGGGUACUAGCGAAGACAACAAAAAGUUUCCCGUCCUUGAAGCCGUCAUUCGGAAAAGCUCUCGCUUCUUCGACAACGCCCUGAAGCACAAAUGGGCCGCCAACAAGACCGAACCGCGUACCAUCGACCUCUCAGAAGACUCACCGGACAUCUUCAAUAUCUACCUUCACUGGUUAUACUUUCAGCAAAUGCCGAUUGCUCGUGCCAGAGCGUCUGGAAAUAAACAAGCGAAGGGUGAUGAAUACAUCGACAUAGCCAAGUGUUAUGUUCUUGGCGAAAAGCUCAUGGACAACGCUUUCAAGAACGCUAUUCUUACGGCUUUGGUCGACGCUUACGUAGACCAGCCGGCUGAACCUCGCCUAUGCCCUGGUCGACUGACACUUCAGGUCAUAUACGCGGGCACCAUGGAAGGAUCACCCGCGAGACGUCUCCUAGUUGACAUAUGGGUCCGCUUGGCAAAAGAGACAUGGAUUCAGCACCUGACAGAGGAUUUACCUCAUGCCUUUGUGCUAGAGUUCUCGAGAGCGCUUCUGCUGAGCAAGUGCAGUGGCAAGGACAAGGACGACGAAUAUUCCUGGAAGGAAUUCGUUAAAGACUACAUGGAGGAGGAGCGAUGA